UCGACCUCUGCCCCAUUCCCACCACCACCACUCCUUCCCUGUCGAAUCUUGCUGGGCAAUUCUUCUCUCCUUUCAUCCUUCUUUUUUUCCAUCUCGUGAAAAGCUGAGCUUGCUGAGCACGUCCUCUCCUUCCAUCUUUGCAGACAGCGUCUUGGACCCUGCCCGAUCCAUUCAUUCACUCACUCACUCACUCAACCACACGCUCAUCUGCCGUUCAAAAGGUGCUCCGGUAUCAGCAUUCACAGUAAACAUAACAGUCCCUACCCAUCCCAGCACCCGCUCCCGCCGGCUCUCACACACACUCUCUCUCAUCUCAUCUCAUCCCGCACCCGUCAACCGCAACCAUGAAGUUCACCGCCGCCGCCACGCUGGCCGCGCUCGUGGGCGCCGCCUCGGCCGGCUCCAAGUCCGACGACAGGACGUUUGCCGUCCUCCGUUUCAACAACAAGGAGCUCGUCAAGGCCCGUGUUGAUCCCAUCAUCAACCCCGGAAAGCCCGCGACCCACGUCCACGGCGUCAUGGGAGGCAGCAACUUUGGCAUGUCGGCCACGGGCGAGUCCCUGACGCAGUCCAAGUGCACCAACGCCAUGAUCAACGGCGACAACAGCGCCUACUGGUUCCCGUCCCUGUACUUCCAGGACCCCAAGACCAAGCAGUUCGAGUCGGUCGAAGUCUUUUACGUCAACGUCUACUACUUCUUCGACGGCACCGACGACGAGAUCAAGGCUUUCCCCCCCGGUCUGCAGAUCUUCAGCGGCAACGCCUCCGCCCGCACGCCGCCCUCCACCGGAGGAAAGCAGAACCUCGACCCCGAGGACGGCCCCAUCCAGCCCGUCCAGUGGACCUGCCCCAGGUCGAGCUACAACCCGCCCUCGUACCCCGCCAACUCGGACGGCAUGACCGCCGGCAUCGUCGACCCCAACAACCAGGGCUCCGGCGUCGGCUUCCCCGACCAGAACUGCGACGGCUUCGGCUCCCCGCUGCGCGCCGACAUCCACAUGCCCUCGUGCUACAACCCCAAGGCCGCCCUCGACGACUACAAGAGCAUGGCCUGGCCCUCGAGAAAGGGCGCCUCCAGCGGCGGCCGCAAGAACUGCCCCGAGGGAUGGAUCCACGUCCCCCACAUGUUCUUCGAGGUCUACUUCGACACCCCCAAGUUCGCCGACCGCUGGACCCCCGGCCAGGGCGCCCAGCCCUUUGUCCUCUCCAACGGCGACACCUCGGGCUACAGCCUGCACGCUGACUUCAUCGCCGCCUGGGACCAGGACGUCCUCCAGCAGAUCAUCGACAACUGCAACGCCGGCUCCUCCGGCAUGGACAAGUGCCCCGGCCUGCUGAAGGGCCUCAACACCAACAAGGACUGCAAGAUCGACUCGCCCCUCCAAGAGGUCACCGACGGCAUCCUCGACAAGCUUCCCGGCGACAACCCCCUCGGCGGCUUCUCCUUAGGCCCCAUCCUUGGCGGCGGCGGCGGCAGCGACAGCGGCGUUGUUGUCAAGCCCUCCGGCGGCGCAUCCUCGGCCUCCUCCGCCAAGCCCUCCCCUACCACCGAGCCUGCUUACAGCCCCAUUCGCCAGCUUGACGAAGCCCCCAAGACCUCCGCCGCCGCCGCCGCUUCGUCCCAGCUGCCCAUCCAGCAGGCGCCCGAGAAGGAGAACACUCAGCCGGCCGAGGAGGAGACGACCGCCCCCGCCGCCGUGCCCACCCCCAGCCUGGGCGGCUCCCAACCCUCCAAGGCGACGUCCUGUCUCCGUAAGACCAAGACCGUCUGGGAGACCGUCACCGUCACCGUGGCCGCCGAAGAGUCCGCCGCCGCCAAGGCCGACGACUACAGCAAGGCCCGCCGCCACGUCCACGACCACAUGAAGCGCCACCGCAGCCACCGCGACUAAGCCUUGCGCGUACCGGGAGAGUUUUCCAGUUGCACUGUCGAAUACUUUUCUUUCUUUUUUGCGCCUGUACCAAAGUUCCUCUUCGUUAGACAUUUUAGGGCUGCGGCUGGGAAGGGAGUUUCAGAACGUAUACCAAGGGUCGGUUGGAAGACGCACUCAAAACACUGGAUAUGGAAUUCGGGGCUUUGGGAAAAGAACCCUCCUCGCGUGAGACUGGCACCGCGAUCGUCGGGCUUCGACUUGAUUUUUUUGUGCUUUUGACGACGAUGAUGAACAGAUACAUACAUUAACCCCACAUUGGGGGGAGAAGGCUUGAGACCAAAUUUUUUUUUUGGAUCAAGCUCGAGGACAACUGGAUUCGCUUCUUGUUCGUACCUUGGAACACAUACAUUCGAUUCUUGGAACGGGCCUCCUCGGGAGGGCCCCCUCAUUUGGGAACGUCUUUACUUUUGGAACGGAAGAGAACGGACUGGUAGAUUCAAUAGAAACGCACCAGACAAUUUUUGUCCCCAUGCAAGUGGAU